CUCCAGGCUUAAAAAUCCUACUUUAACAUGUCUCCUCCCCUUCAUCUACACUGAUUGAAGUGGAUUGAACAGGUGACAUCAAUAAGGGAUCAUAGCUUUCACCUGGAAUCACUUGUCUUGGAAAUAGCAGGUGUUCCUAAUGUUUUGUACACUCAGUGAACAUCACUCAGCCAUUUCCUAACAUACAGUGGGGUUCAAAAUUAUUGGCACCCUUGAUAAAGAGGAGCAAAAAAUACUUUAUAAAAUAAAUAAUACAAAUACUGAGUUAUUUUGUAUUCUCAAUUUAAACACAUAUUGAGAAUAUGAUUUUAUACAAAUACAAUUGCUCAGAGAAAGAUUUUGUUUAACAUGUAAUAUUUGUUUUCUCAAACAGAUAGGGGAGAACAUUGUCACCGCUAAGUUGAGUAUUUAGUCAUUUUUAUUAUAAAUUGAGAAUAGAAUAUGCUUCUAAACAUUAUUGUGGAUGCUACCAUGAUAACGGAUAAUAUUGAAUGAAUUGUGAGUAAUGACGAGUGAGAAAGUUACAGAGGCACAAACAUCAUAACACCCAAGUCAUGCUAACCUCUCACCAUUACCAAUAAUAGGGAGGUUAGCAUGUCUUGGCCGUAUUCAUUUUGUGCCUCUGUAACUUUAUCGCUCAUCAAUGCCACAAUUCAUUAUUUACCAUUCAUUUCUAUUGGGCACAAAAUAAUCUGAAACACAACCAAAACAAACUGCAAAUGCAUCCAACAAGUUUGUAGUCACAAACUUGAUGUAGUCAUUGCGUGCUAGGAAUACCCAACCGAGUACUAAACUUUUAACUACUUUGACAACAGGGGUGCCAAUUAUUUUGACCCUUAUGCUUUUGAGAGAAAAAAUAUUACUUGUUAAACAAACUGUCUUUAUCUGAGCAAUUGGAUUCGUGUAAAAUAAAAUAAUUUUCCAAAAUGUUUUGCUCAUCUUUGUCAAGGGUGCCUAUCUUUUUGGAGGUGACUGUAUAUUAAAUCAUGUGUGGAAAUGGCUAAAAUGCUCACAUUUGACAUUGAUUUUAAAGAGCAUUAUCAUACUGGAUGUGUUUGGGGAAAAUGGAUUAGGAUGAUAGCGUAUAUUCCUGUGGUUUAGGGCUGUUCAUGUGAUUAUAAACCCUGGCACUGGGUAAACAGCUUGAGGAUAUAUAUUCUAUCUAUGGCAUGGAGGACCCCCUGCUCUAAAUGGAUCAUUACACUGCAUGCUUGUUAACAGCUUUGCAUCACUGCCAAUCAUGUAAAGAUUACAACCAUGAGUUUAAUUAAAAGGGCAAUGUGUGUGUGUGUGGUGUGUGUGUGUGUGUCUGGUUGUGUGUGUGUGUGUGUGUCUGCUUGUGUGUGUGUGUCUCGCUCUCGCUUUAAUAAUGCCAUCUUAGAAAUGGAGCAACAGUAGGGAAAGGGAUCCCUAUUAACAUAUCAGCCCCACGAUGACUGAAGAGAGAGGAGACCUGGAGCUUGUUUACAGUACAUGUCACCGAAAUCUAAUCCAUGCAUCAAAAUGAAAUGAGCCGAGGACAAUGCUCUCCGUAUGUGAUCACACUGGCUGUAUAUCUACAAAACUACAGCUCCCACCUGUUUUGGAUUAAUAGCAAGCAGGGUUUGCAAGCAACACUUUUAUUUCGAAGAAUAUUCACCUGUUCUGGUAUAAACAGGAUGAGCAGUCAUUUCUAUUUAAUGCUAUUUGUUUUCAUUCUCACAGGUACGUAAUUUGCUUUUUGUGUGCCUUUAUAUGAUAUAUGUAUGAUUGAUGAUAUGUUGGUGGGCUCCUUGCUGCUUGUGGUUUUCCCUGCAAGGCAAUGAUGUUAAGCAAAAGAUAUUGGUAAUAGUUCAUGGUAAUGGCUAAAGAGUGAUUUUCACUGCAGCUAUUGUUCUGAGGCUACUAAUAGGUUAACAGUAGACCCGUGUCCUUAUUGGCAGAUGAAUCAUGAUAUUGUCCCUGUUAAGGCUGGAAUAAUUGCUAGUUAUUUGCUACAGUGUACAACACAUUCGGGAAUUGGAGUGCAUUCCAAAUGAGUUUCUUACUAAAAACGUGACAUAGUAAUGAAUAUUGAUCUGUUUGGGUCGACUUAAAUGAACCCAAGCUGGAUAUUUCGCCAUGCAUGAUUAAACAUUUCUGCAUUAUGUUGAUUGAUAUUAACCAUCUUCAUAGGAAAUGAUUUCCAAUUUGUGACAUCCAAAAGACGAUUGACUCAGAUUUAUCUCCUUGUAGUGCAAGCUGAAAAUGGAGACCUGCAAGGUUAUCCCUAUCCGUCCCCGCCAGCAGCAGCAGAAGUUCCAGUCUCAAUAGAGUCUGUGUCUAAAGAGCACAACAACAAAGGUCAUGGUGGAGCAGUAACAAUGCCCACAGAGAAUAGCCACCUCCAGACUGUGGCUGUAAGUGCAUCCCCAGGGACAGAUUUGUUCCAUACGCCACAUGAAAGGAACAAUUUCACGAACGCCACAACUGCUGAAGAUGCAAUUGCUGCUUCAUCAACUGGAGGCUUUGUUUGGAAAGAGGGCUCCGAUUUACCUAUGCCAGCUGAGGCCACUGAAGCAAAUCUCACAUUGAUCUCUAAUUAUGAAGCUCUAUUUGAAUCGAUGAAGAAUGGCACCGUGAUGCCUGUGGCUCAUUUGUCCAAAGGCGUGGAGGAAGAGAAAGAGAAAGCCUCAGAAUUGCCGCUUCACUCUCUACUUGUUAACAGGAAUCAAAGAAUCGCUGAGUCUAUCACUCGUAUGUCCACACGACGGAGGCUGGGAGUACCUAUGGUGACUGCCACUCGUCCUCACAUAAUUGAUAACUGGGCCAAGUCAAAUGACAAUGAGGAAAAACGAGGCCAAGACGCAGAUGAAAAUGGGAUUUUGGAAUUGAGUGAGUCAGAAUCCAUCUUGCGUGACAGAAAGGAAGUUUCUUUGACUACGGAGCGCGUGAUGACAAACAUGUGUUUGAAUUGCCUGCAAGAAAAAAAGCCAUCGUCAACAGAAGAAAUGGCUGUUCUGUCUGCGUUGUUCGACCGAGGCAGCUCACUCAGUCUUGGAGGAAAUGGAAAUAUGCUUACUGUAAACUCCAGUCACCACAAGGCCUCAAUGCCGAGCUCAUUUGAAGCGACAACAAAGAAACAAGAGGACAGAACAGUAGUAUUUGAUGGUGCCAAAACAUCCAAAAAGAGCACAUUUGAUUUCUCUGUAAAUCUUUUGGAUGGGCUAGAUUAUGAGUUCAUACCACCCCUUUCCUCAUUAAACUCUGAAAUGAAUCUCAGUAAAACCAUGUUGAAUGAUUCAUUUGCUAGUACAUCUUUCUCAACGAUUGAAGUCAAGGCAAACACAACCAGAACAGUGUUUCUUACUUCAAAGGUGGAAAAUAUGACAGUUUCCAGAUUGAGUGAUAUUAGCAAAUCUUUUGAUAAAAGGUUGUUAUCAACAACCAGCAUGCCUUAUCCUUUAACUUCAGAGAUCUUUCACACUUUAUUAUUAUCAUUGAGAGAUAAAGAAGAAAAGAUAUCUGGGAAGACUGUGAAUCUCAGAAACCAGUCAGAAUUGGUUUCUCAAAUCCAAGAUAAUUCAUCUCUAAAACUACAAAACAUGUCCUCCAAUUUACUUCAUAGUUUUCUUGGCAAUCACACGUUGGCGGGUGUUGACAUUACAGAUAAGGACACAGAGUUUAGUUUAGAAAAUGGGGGAGGGGAAGAGCGGGAGCAUGCUGUUGGGCAAGUUAUGACAAUUCCUCUCACCAAUGCUCCAUCUCCUUCUGUCCAUGUUCUCUCUGAUCAGAACAUUGAAAACAGUGGGAUUAAUGACCCCAACAGUGGGGUUAAUGACCCCAACAGCGGGGUUAAUGACCCCAUCAGUGGGGCUAAUGACCCCAACAAUGGAUCAAUGAUAAGUGGUAUGCUAGACUCGUUUAAUUCUCUCUUUAGCCAAGCUCGUGAAAUAAUCACGUCAAAAAGCCACACCACUGGCCACAUUGACGAAUCAGCCUUGCCUAUGAGAAUGCCAUCAAUCGAAAGCCAAAGUGCAGCAACAUCCUUCCGCUCUACGAGGCAGACCACGGCAGCUGUCAAAGUUCCUCCUGCCUCUCAGGCUCUGACAGGGAGUGCGAAAUCUUUGAUGUCUGUGUUGAGUACCACUGGCCACCUGCCAGCACAGCCCAGUGUUCUGUUCAAAGAGAAGCAGCCUAUGAGCCUCCUGCCAGACGUCCCUAACAUGCAACGUGCAUCUGUAACUAUGAUGAGAACAUUGUCCAAAAAGCCAUAUUCUAAGAGUGCCGACAAUGUAAACGGUAUCGAUAAACUGACUGCGCCUCCAGUUGUUUUGUCACAGACAGUGAAGCCAAGUCCUAAAGUAAAUGCUCAGUUGCCCAGAACAACAGAGAAAGGACUUACGCUUUCCGCAAAGCGUAUUUCUGAAACCACAAGUAAGUUAGACAUUCAUGUGUCCGCCAUGAUGACGACAACAACACAUGUCGAUGUGAAAAGGUCAACCGAGCAAAGGCUUGCCGUAGGUCGCGGUGACAUCAAGUCGAGUGGUGACACCUUUCGAAUCUCUGCCGACAGUGCUGGGAACCUUGAACCACCUAAAGAAUUGAAAAAUGUGAACAUACCAAAGCUGAAAAACAACAGAGGACAGGAGUCUGACUUCUCUCAGCCUCAAGGUUCUCUUGAGGAGGUGACAGAAAUGACAAUGGACAAGAGCAGUACUGUUCACCAUGGGAUAAUGAAAACCACAGAAAGGCUGGCUCGAGAGGGAAAACGCACUUCUCCAAACAUGUCUCCCUCCCAUCUUUUAAUGAAACUGUUGGGAGCAACGGCAAGAGACAUUCAUCGGGCUGAAAAUCUCUCUGAAUCGCUGGGAGAAGAAAAUAAGUCAUUCUCCAGCCAAGCGCCAAGUCAUAAAAUGCCAGUGCAGACUGUGAUAACCCCAAGCCAGACACUAUCACGAAUGGUAUCUUUUAAUAAGAAACCACAUAUUGUGUCCAAACCACAGCAAAUCUCUGCCCAUAGGGUCACGCUUACAACGUAUGCGGAUGUGUCAACAAAACAUAAGCAAAGCUAUCAGCAAAGACACUCAACAAAAGGUAAAAAACAAGUAUUCAUGACGACUUCCUCGCGAAGCACAGGCCCUCCAAAUCAAAUCAGAAAUGUGAAUGCAACAUUUAACGUCUCCCCAGAGCGUGUGAAAUCAACAUUCUCUACACCUGACAGUGUUGGAAAUCUGUUUUCACUUAGCGCUGCAAAAUCAUUACUCCCAGUUGGGCAGUCAACUAUUCAGCCUAAUAUUGCAGUAAAGACAUAUACUUCCCACCCAACAGUAAUUCAACAUGUUUCUGCUCAAAAGCAUCACAUAAGCAUUUCGACAUCGACAACAUCAGGAAACUCAGUCUCUCAGUCCAUAAGUGUUGGAAAACAUCUACAGCGUGUAGGACCGGCGACACCUCUCUUUGACAUUGUUAAAGAGGACGUCGUGACCUCUGACAUCACUGAGGCAUUAAAGGGGAGCCACCUUGUUCCCCUCUUACCGCCUCGUCCGUAUAAUGACACAUCGACUAGUCCACCCACCGACAAUUACUCGCCCACGGGGCCACUUACCGCCAGCCUGGCUUUGCAUCAUCGCCAAGGGCAAUCUUCUUCUGAGAUAAUGCCUUUCGGCGCUCCAUCUCAAAGCCAAUGGGACUCGUUUACAGAUUCGGAGGAGAAAGAGGAACGGCAUUCAAAUGCCUCACAUGCUUCUGCCGAUAACGAGCAAAUAAGCCCUUCAGAGGCUCCAAUAGUGCAUGAAGUGAAAAGUGAGCAUUCUGGGUUUAGCACAUGGGCGGCGCCGUUCGCUACCGAUAGUUCAGCUGUCACCAGCCACAUUAACUUAACUCAAUCACGACCUGAUGAGACCAUGGGAUUGAGGGCCAAGGAACCCACCCUGCCACGUGCACUACUGCACCAGACCACUAAUGGGGUCGGGAAUGACCAUGCUUUGUCUGGAGUAAGUCCAGCGCAUGAGUCUGGUAGAAAGCUCCUGGGGUCUGGGAGUGGGUCAGAUCCAUUGGCCUUGCACCAGAGAAUUGGGUUAUCAUCCCCUGAUCUCCUCACUGGAUUAGCGGUCAUUUCCGAUGAUAUUUGUGCCACUGGAAACUACACGGCCGAGAUGAACUUGAACCUGGAGCGCAACGUUCUGCCCGGAGACUUGGUCCCGGCUCUGGGGAUUCUCCAAGUGGUCAUCAACCUGAAAACCAACAACAGCCAGGUGAACCUAGAGAUAAAGUCCUGCUGUCUCUCGCCCACUGUUCAGCUUGACGACAUCAACAUAACCUGUUAUGUGUUUUCCAGGUUACCGCUGAACCCGCGAGGAAUCAGGCUGUUACCCAGCAUCCUGUCAAAGCGCGCCAGCUUCACCAUCAGUCUCUUCCAGAUGAUUAAUUACUCCAUGGCAUACCUACACUGCGAUCUGAGCAUCUGCCUCAGGAACCAUACCGAGUGUGAGAGGCAGUGUCUGCAGCACAGAGACCUCCUCUCUGAAGCGGGUCCAGAGGCUAUCACCAAUCUGAGGAACCGCAUAUCCUUUGGUCCCAUGUUGAAAGGAGCAGAGAAUUCUUCUCUCCCGGGGGAGAUGGAUACAGCAGCUGAGAUGGAGAUUAUGCUUGUCAUCCUGGGGAUGGUGGUGGGAUGUUCGCUGAUGACGGGGACACUGCUGCUUCUCUGGAUGGCCUAUAGACGGCGGAGGGCCGAUUGGAUGGUUUACUCAGAGUCCAGAGCGUGCUGCGGCUGCCUGCGUAGAGGAGACAUGAUCUUACCAUAGCCAAGUAGGAGACAAUGGUCAAUCACUUCAGCCUGCAGACCAGACCAGACCCUGACCAGAAUCAAUCCAAUUCACUCCUAUCACACGUGACACCCGGGCAGAGCUUCUGUGGUCCCAUAUCUCACUCCCUUCACCGACGCAGUGAAUGCCUUACCUUUACCCUGUAGUAAUAUGACACAGAAACACAUGUACGGAACAGAUUACCUGAUGGUCGUUUAUCUUGGUCAAUUUUUUUGCAUGGUAACAAUUGCUAAUUCACCAAACAACCGCGCACAGUGAAGAUGAAUUGACGAUCAAGAGUGUUUUAUGAUCAUGUGAAUUUUAACACGAUGUGCGUAUUGUGUAUACACCAUAUUCUUACUUCUAGUCUUUUCUUGUACUAAGUCCUCUAAACCUGCCACUAUCUGGAAGUAAUUGUUUGUUUAAAAAAAAAAGUGUAUUAUCCUCUCAAUGAUUCUCAAUCAUCAUCUCAAGCAUGACGCGUAUUAUCAUACCAAUUCUGGCCAAUUGCUUUUAAAAACAAUACAGAUCACGGGCUACUUUCACUAAGACACAAAUGACACCGACAAUUUAUGAACAUCUCUGUCUGCAUUACUUCAUCAUGAACCAUAUUACCUCAAAUGCUACAACAGUUUGUUCCUGAUUUGCCACAACCUCAAAUGAUUAAACAACUUCCACAAUG